AUGUGCGCCCGCGAAUGCAACAAGAUGGGCGCCUCGUGCGCGGCGUUCGGCGUCGUGGCGGGCAGCAACUGCUACCUCAUGGGCUCGAUUAACGCGUCCGCUGGCGGCGCGGACUCGUUGGUGACCGCGGUCUGCAUGAAGUCGAUCCAGGACUGGAUGGCGUUCGGUUCUGCGCACGGGAUCGCCGUGUCGCGAGACAAGUACUACUGCAUACCCACGUUUGACGUCCAGGGCUGGCCCGCCGGCCAGGGCCCGCCGCCCGCGGCCGGCUCCGACGACGCCGGGCCGCCCGCGCCGGCCAAGCCCGCCGUCACGGACUUCCCCACCAACGUGGAGCCCACCAUCUGCGCGGGCCAGUGCAGCACAACCCCAGGCUGCGAGUACUUUGUGCAGACGCUGCCCGCGGGCUGCUACCUCAAGAGCCGCCCCUUCGACUCGGACUCCCCGUUUGGCUCCACCGGCCCGAGCAAGUCGGUCGACGUCUCCUGCUUCCGCGGCGAGGAGGCCUGGACGCGCGCCGGCGCCAUCCUGACCGCCGCGCUGCCGCAGCAGCCCGUGCUCUUCAGCGGCGGCGGCGUGCUGACGGCCGCCGUCGCGGCAGGCGGCGCGGGCGCGGGCGCGGGCGCGGGCGCGGCGGCGGGCGCGGGCAACGCGACGGCGCUGACGUACUACUGCGUGCGGGAGUAUGGACUCAACGGCACCGUGCUGUCAAACAUCACUGUCGGGCCGGGCGACCUCGGGACGGUCGCGUGCGCCGCCGCCUGCGAUCAGGCCGGCGCGGGCUGCGCCGCCCACAUCACCGACGCGACCGGCGCGUGCACCCUGCUGCGGGACUACCAGCUCAACACCUCCACGCCGGACAGCCUCAAGUACGCGCUGUGCUUCAAGAGCGUCAAGCAGUGGCAGGCGUUUGGGCAGCCGGACAAGCAGGGCAUGUACUGCAUUAAGAAGUACGACGUCGCCGGCGACGGCAUCACGACGCGCGACUUUGUCACGAUCACCUCCGGCGCCGGUGCUGUCGAGUUCUGCAAGGGCCAGUGCACGCAGGUGCCCGAGUGCGAGUUCGUUGUGACUCAGCUUACCAAGUGCUACCUGAAAAACAACAUUCAGGGCGGGACCUACGGCAAGACGGGCGCCAGCCAGAUAACGGACGCGACGUGCGUCAAGGGCGCGGACAACUGGCUCAAGUUUGCGCUGCAGGUGUCCAACCAGCCGGCCGCCGGGGCCGCGUCGGCGCCGGGCGUGCCCGGGGGGGCGUCCAACGUCGGCAUGAUGCUGCCCGCGCGGCGCAACGCAGACGCCGCGAAGCUGGGGGUCACAAAUGGGGCGCGUGGGCGCGAGCGGCGCGCGACGGGCGUGUGGGGGCCGGCGGUCGCAACGGUCGGCUGCCUGCUCGCUGGAUUGUUGUUGGUUUGA